UAGCACCAGGCACCUGAGGAGGUUGCAAGUGACAAGAAAGGUCAACUGCUGAGGUCCUCCCUUUACGAUCAGAAUGGCAGAAGAGUGGGGAAAGCAGGUGUUUUCUGCCAGGCGGUACAAUGAAGAUACAACAAGAGGAUCUGUAUUCGUCUACACAAACAGCAAUAAUACCAAAGAUCCCUUUGAGGGUCCCAACUACCACAUUGCUCCUCGAUGGAUUUACAACGUUGCAACACUCUGGAUGUUCAUUGUGGUCAUCCUAUCAGUCUUCACCAACGGUCUCGUCUUGGUGGCCACGUUCAAGUUUAAGAAACUCCAACACCCUCUGAACUGGAUCUUGGUCAAUCUUGCAAUUGCUGAUCUUGGAGAGACCGUUUUUGCCAGUACCAUCAGUGUGUGCAACCAGUUUUUUGGUUACUUCAUUUUGGGACACCCAAUGUGCAUCUUUGAGGGCUUUGUCGUCUCAACCUGUGGUAUUACCGCUCUCUGGUCCCUGACUAUCAUCUCCUGGGAGAGAUGGAUAGUUGUGUGCAAACCUUUUGGAAACGUCAAGUUUGAUGCCAAAUGGGCAACUGGUGGAAUAGUGUUCUCCUGGGUCUGGUCUGCCUUCUGGUGUGCUCCCCCAAUGUUUGGAUGGAGCAGGUUCUGGCCUCAUGGACUAAAGACUUCCUGCGGACCAGAUGUAUUCAGCGGAAGUGAAGACCCUGGAGUCCAGUCCUACAUGAUUGUCCUCAUGAUUACAUGCUGCUUCAUUCCUCUGGCCAUCAUCAUCUUGUGCUACCUUGCAGUCUGGAUGGCUAUCCGUGCUGUUGCCAUGCAGCAGAAGGAAUCAGAGUCAACUCAAAAAGCUGAAAGAGACGUAUCCAGAAUGGUCGUUGUCAUGAUUGUGGCAUAUAUUGUCUGCUGGGGACCUUACACAGCUUUUGCCUGCUUUGCUGCGGCUAACCCUGGAUAUGCCUUCCAUCCUCUGGCUGCUGCCAUGCCUGCAUACUUUGCCAAGAGCGCCACCAUCUACAACCCAGUUAUCUAUGUCUUCAUGAACCGGCAGUUCCGUUCAUGUAUCAUGCAGCUCUUUGGCAAAGAAGUGGACGAUGGCUCUGAAGUAUCUACAUCAAAGACGGAGGUCUCCUCUGUGGCUCCUGCAUAAAACUGAUAUUCUCCUUUUUGGGAAAACGAGAACCUUUGUGAUUUGUACAGUAUAUAUAUAUAUGUAUUGUUUAAUUUCUUUUUUUUUUAGUAAAUAUAGCUUUCUGGCAAAAGACAAAAAUUAAAAUAAAAAAUACAUAAAGCAAA